AUGCCACCAAAGAAGGGAAAAGGCCAGCCGGAUCAGCCUAAAAAGGCACCGGCCACAGUGGCAGACAAGACUUUUGGAAUGAAAAACAAGAAGGGAGCCCAGGCGCAAAAACAAAUCGAGCGAAUGCAAACUUCGUAUAAAGCUGGAGGCACUCCCGAUGAAAAGAGACGACAAGCCGAGAAAGAACAGCGAGAACGAGAAAAGAUAGCAUCAGAAGCGGCGAAGAAAGAGGCAGCUGAAUUAUUCAAGCCUGUACAAGUUCAGAAAGUCCCAUUUGGUGUCGAUCCCAAAACAGUUCUCUGUCAAUUUUAUAAGAAGGGCCAUUGUGAGAAGGGUAGGAAGUGUAAAUUCUCACACGACCUUAACAUUGAGCGCAAAUCAACAAAAAUUGAUCUUGCGCAAGAUCCCAGAGAGGCAGAAGCAGAGAAAAGAAAAGAGGAAACUUCAGACGAUUGGGACGAGGAGAAACUGCGCUCCGUUGUAUUAUCGAAAAAGGGAAAUCAAAAGACUACAACAGAGAAAGUUUGCAAAUUCUUUAUCGAUGCUGUAGAGGAGGGAAAAUAUGGUUGGUUUUGGACAUGUCCAAAUGGAGGGGACAAGUGUAUGUACCAACAUAAGUUACCGCCAGGAUUCGUCCUCAAAACCAAAGAACAACGUGCUGCAGAAAAGGCUCUUAUGGAUAAAUCACCUCUAAAGACACUUACCCUUGAGGAUUUCCUUGAGUCUGAACGACACAAGCUUACUGGCACAUUAACACCAGUCACGCCAGAGACAUUUGCUAAAUGGAAAGCCGAGCGUAUGGACAAGAAGGCUGGUGAAGAACAAGCUAGACUUGCCAAAGAAGCUACUGGUCGUGCUAUGUUUGAGAAGGGAGAUUGGGAAGCCAGUGGAGAUGAGGAUGAAGGCGAUGAUAAUGAAGAUGAUGCAUGGAAUAUGGAGAGAAUGCGACGAGAGACUGAGGCAUUACGUGAGAAGAAGGAGCAAGAACGAUUGGCCAACAUGUAUGGCGGAGCAGUCCCAAGUAGUAACGAAGCCGCACCUCAGAUCGUCGAACCUGUAGCAAACGAGGAGGGGGAAGCCUCCUAA